AUGCCAAAUAAACCAACCAAAUGGGGCUACAAGUUAUGGGCACGGGCUUCAACAAGUGGAUUUAUGCAUGACUUUGAGGUCUAUGAAGGGGCAUCAGAAGCAACCGUUGAUCGUUCAGAUGUUGGUGUAAGCGGUGAGGUUGUAUUGAAACUUGCAUCAAGCUUAUCUUCUGGUAAAAACCAUAAGCUUUUUGCAAACAACUAUUUCACUUCACUUCCCCUAGUUGAAAAGCUUCAGGAGAGAGGGAUUCAAUUCACUGGGACCAUUCGUAACAACCGAUUGAAAGGAUGUCCACUAGUCUCUGAAAAAGACCUAAAAUCAAAAGGCCGAGGAUCAUAUGAUAUGAAAGUUUACUUAAACAAGAAAAUUGUUGUUCUAAGAUGGCUGGACAAAAAAGCUGUGACACUGAUUUCAAGUUAUUGUGGCGCACAGCCAAUGGGAGUGGCCAAGAGAUGGAGCAAAACAGAGAAGAAGUUUGUUGGCAUUCCAAAACCCGAAAUAGUUAAUGAGUAUAACAAAUUCAUGGGAGGGAUUGAUCUUAUGGACAUGCUCUCCUCUCUCUAUCGAUAUUCGAUCAGGUCCCGAAGAUGGUAUUUGUACAUCUGGUACCACACCAUGACAGUUGCCUUAGUCAACUCAUGGCUUGUUUAUCGCAAGCAUCAGCAAAAUGGUAAAUUCAUGAAGCUUAGCAAAUUCCAAGCCUUGGUUGCAGAAGAAAGCAACGCAAAACGUCAAUAG